AUGACAGGCGCUCCGCCGUACAACGCCCAGUCCCCGACUCAGCAACCACGGUACCCUGCCUACGAGUCUCCGAGCAAGAAUCGCCCGUUCUAUUCCAACAAUGAGCAGCCGCAACAAUCGGGUCAGCAGCAAUACCCUCCUCAUCCACCUCAGACGCCCCCGGCUUUCCCUCCAUCCUCCGUCUCGCGCAGUCCACGCUUUUCGCACGCGUCUUCCCCCAUGCCCGGUUCGCUCCCGCCACCCUUGAAUGGCGCUGCUCCUCCAGCGCAUCCAUCGCAUCUAGAGCCAUCGGCGCAGUAUCAACCUCAUUCCGCAGCCGGUACCCCUUCUUUGCCGCCUCCGCAUUCCCUUGCGAAUUCCGUACACCAGGGCAAUGGCGCUUCGCCGUACGGUCCCUCCACGCCUCAUGGACAUUCAUCCGGCCGUCCGGAUGGUCACUCCCAAUCACCGAGUCGCGAGUCGGAAUCUCCUUAUCGUGUAAGAGGCAAUGGAGCAGGGUACGGAGCCUCGGUGGCGCAGGAAUCACGACGUUCUUCCCCGCCCCGAGAAACGAAGCCUGCGAGAGCAGCCGAUCCGAUGUCCUUCGCCAGCAUCCUCUCUGGGCCUUCCGAAGACAAACCCGCACGAAAACCGUCCCCACAGUCAUCCACCCCUGCUCCGUCUGCGCAAACACCGCACAACGACUCUCGAGCUCGUGAAAUUGCUCCCACCCCAGGCACUUUUCUUCACAAAGCGGAUAGAACCCCCGUGCAACCGAAGGACGCUCGAGGAUCUUUUGCUCCCAACGGAAUCUCAAAGUCUGGGUCCGAGCAGGCCGAGACCACUCGUGCACACCCACGGAAGCCCUUGCCGCCAGGCGUUGAUGCUGAUCAGGUGAACCGGGCCAUGGUUGACAUCGAAAAUGCCGAUAAAAGUGAUGUUGAGGCGUCCGGUUUCGAUGCGGAGCUCGAGUACUAUCGGGAGAAAAGUCUGAAGAGGUCCAACGACAGCGCCCGUGCGGAGCACCUUCGACGCAAGCGCCGCCGCAACGAGUUCUUAAUCGACCUUGGUCGAUCGUUCGAGAAGCAAGCUAUUAUCGGAAAUGAGCGUUUCCGCGUGGCAAACGAACCAGAUGUCAUUGCCGAAGUCCAACAAAAGGAGAUCCAGGACGAGAAGGAGCGCAAGAAGGAUAUGCAGCGCAAGCGUCGUCGUGAAAACACUGUCCGACUGGAGAUGCAAAAGAAACUCGAGGCCGAGCGCAAGGCAGACAAUGCUUCAGAUUCGACGGAGAAGGCCAAAUUUCUUCGCGAGGCCGAACGAGCACAGAAGAAAAUCAAGUCUACCAAGCGCGCUCUCGAGGGUGGGAACGCCCAAGACGAACUUGGUGAGGUCACCCCUCUGGCUCCCAAUCUCGAAGGUGGCACCACCAGCUCAUUCCACAUUGGUCGAUCAUCUCCAUCGAGGCGUCGCUCUGGGCGUGCAGGUGCCACUUCUCGCCCCAAGAAGUCCAAGGAGCAGAAGCAGGCUGAAAAGGAUGCCGCCGAGGCUGCCUAUCUGGGCGGCUAUGAUGAUGAAUCUCUUUACUACACCCCACGCGAUUCAAAGAAGGGCGGUCGCUCCAAGGAAGGUACUCCCGUGCCAUUGCACUACGACAGCAAGGGCUACAACCAGAUCUACGAACAAAUUUGGCGUGACAUUGCUCGGAAGGAUAUCCCCAAGGUCUACCGCAUCAAGACGAUGUCCUUGUCUACCCGCCAGGAGAAUUUGCGCAAGACGGCACAAUUGGCAAGCAAGCAGUCUCGCAAGUGGCAGGAGCGCACCAACAAGAGCACCAAGGAUACUCAGGCCCGCGCCAAGCGUACCAUGCGUGAGAUGAUGUCCUUCUGGAAACGUAACGAGCGUGAGGAGCGCGACCUCCGUCGUCUGGCAGAGAAGCAGGAGCUCGAAUCUGCCAAGAAGGCUGAGGCUGAGCGAGAGUCCAACCGACAGAAGCGCAAGCUUAAUUUCCUUAUCUCCCAAACCGAACUGUACUCUCACUUUAUCGGUCGAAAGAUCAAGACCGCGGAAGCGGAAGCAGGAGAUGAUGUUGCUGGGACCGGUGAAACAGCCCAGCCCGGCAAGGAACUGCCUACCGGCACUGCCGAUCCGAGCAAGGUGACGAACUUUGAGGACCUUGACUUUGAUGCCGAUGAUGAGACCGCCCUGCAACAGGCUGCCAUGGCCAAUGCCCAGAAUGCCGUCCAGGAGGCCCAGGACCGCGCUCGUGCGUUCAACAACGAAGAAGGAGAUAAGAUGGCUCAAUUCGACGAGGGCGAAUUGAACUUCCAGAACCCGUCAAGUCUUGGUGAUAUUACGAUUUCUCAGCCUACUAUGCUGAAUGCCCAGCUAAAGGAGUACCAACUGAAGGGUCUCAAUUGGCUUGUUAACUUGUAUGAACAAGGUAUCAACGGUAUCUUGGCCGACGAGAUGGGUCUGGGUAAGACUAUUCAGUCUAUCUCCGUCAUGGCCUAUUUGGCUGAGUUCCACAACAUCUGGGGACCUUUCCUGGUUAUUGCACCGGCCUCCACACUACACAACUGGCAGCAGGAAAUCGCCAGGUUCGUGCCUAACAUCAAGGUUCUACCAUAUUGGGGUAAUGCGAAGGACCGAAAGAUUCUUCGAAAGUUCUGGGACCGCAAACACAUCACCUAUAACCGCGACUCGGAAUUCCAUGUACUCGUCACCUCCUACCAACUCGUUGUUCUCGACGCCCAAUACUUCCAGAAAGUCAAGUGGCAGUAUAUGAUUCUUGACGAAGCCCAGGCCAUCAAGUCCUCGCAGAGUUCUCGAUGGAAGAACCUGUUGGGUUUCUCCUGCCGCAACCGUCUCCUGUUGACCGGUACCCCGAUCCAAAACAACAUGCAGGAAUUGUGGGCUUUGCUGCAUUUCAUCAUGCCUACCCUGUUCGAUUCCCACGACGAGUUCAGCGAGUGGUUCUCCAAAGACAUCGAGUCUCACGCUCAAAGUAACACAAAGCUCAACGAGGAUCAACUCAAACGUCUGCACAUGAUCUUGAAACCCUUCAUGCUUCGCCGUGUUAAAAAGAAUGUACAACAAGAGCUUGGCGACAAGGUCGAGAAGGAUAUUUUCUGUGACUUGACCUACCGCCAGCGCGCUAUAUACGCCAAUCUGAGGAAUCGUGUCAGCAUCAUUGAUAUUAUUGAGAAGGCGGCAGUCGGCGACGAUAGCGACAGUACCACCUUGAUGAAUUUGGUCAUGCAGUUCCGAAAGGUCUGCAACCACCCCGAUCUCUUCGAGCGUGCAGAGACCAAGUCACCUUUCUCGCUUGCUGCGUUUGGAGAGUGCGCAUCCUUCGUUCGUGAAGGCUAUUUUGUCGACAUGCGCUAUUCGACCAGGAACCGCAUCGAGUACGAACUGCCGCGCCUUCUGUGCGGUCCAGAGGCCCGCGUUGAUAUGCCCGGGCCCGGUAAUGAACGUGCCGGUUUCCGAGGUAAAUACUUGUCCCACAUGAUGAACAUUUGGACACCGGAGAACAUUCAGCGCAGUUCUCGUGAAAACGGCACUUUCUCAUUCUUGCGAUUUGUGGACACUUCUGCUGGAGAAGCUAGCGAUUUGGCACGCCAGGGACCAUUCGAGCGCGCAACCAGCCGUCAUGGUCGACCCAAUCGUCUGUCUCGUCUGAAUGUCAGCUACGAUUCGGAUGAGAAUGGAUCAUCAGACAACUCGGUGCUGCCACACUCUAUGCUAAACAUCGUGGACCGCAACGAUCGACAGGCCCUACGUGACAUCACGAGCGAGGGCCGUAUGCGCAACCUAAUGAAUGUCUCGCGGACAGCUUAUGAGGAUCAAGGUCUGAACCUCAUCGAACCAUCUGCUGGUCCUAAAGCCUCUGCGCCCCCGAUCUUGCUUUCCGCCUCGGGUAUGCAAGCCCAACGGGAGAGUGAGAAUGCCUUGUUCAACAUGGAUAUCCGAGAAGCAUUGUAUCGCAAGUCUACUCGGCAAACGGAUGAGCAGGUCCUCGAGAAACAACUGGACCCUGUGCCGUACUCUGACCAGGCAGUCCUGCCACCGCCCACCUCACUCAAGGCCCGCUAUACCAACAUCGAAGUCCCAUCCAUGCGCCGCUUCGUCACCGAUUCCGGAAAGCUUGCCAAGCUAGAUCAGCUUCUGCGGCAACUCAAGCCUGGUGGUCACCGUGUUCUGCUGUACUUCCAGAUGACACGCAUGAUCGAUCUGAUGGAAGAGUACCUAACAUUCCGCAACUACAAGUACUGCCGAUUGGACGGAAGCACCAAGCUCGAGGACCGUCGCGACACAGUCGCCGACUUCCAGUCCAACCCCGAGAUAUUCGUCUUCCUAUUGUCCACGCGUGCCGGUGGUCUGGGUAUCAACUUGACAGCCGCCGACACCGUCAUCUUCUACGAUUCCGACUGGAAUCCCACCAUCGACUUCCAAGCCAUGGACCGAGCCCAUCGUCUCGGUCAGACCCGCCAAGUCACCGUCUACCGCCUCAUCACCCGCGGCACGAUCGAAGAGCGUAUUCGCAAGCGUGCUCUUCAGAAGGAGGAGGUCCAACGCGUCAACCGCACAAAGGAUAUUGCCAUGUGGCUUGCGGACGAUGACGAAGCCGAACUUCUAGAAAAGAGGGAACGUGAGGCCAUCGAGCGUGGAGAACUUCAAAAUGCUGCAAAGGGCAAUAAGAAGGCCGCUGCAGCGCAGAAGCGGAAGCGUGAUCUCACACUGGAAGAUAUGUACCAUGAAGGCGAGGGUAAUUUCGAUGAUGCCUCAGCCAAACCCUCCGGAACCGCAACCCCCCAUGUCCGAAGCCGUGGACACGCCCGCGGCGGCGGGAUCAGCGACACCAGCAAAACGAGGUCGUGGUCGCGGACCGGGGAAGGGAACGACGAAGCGCGCUAA